AUUGGACCCCUCACUAUGGCACGUCGGAGAGACUUAUACUGCUAUUCGGAAGUCCGUAAUGACAUUGAAAGAUAGAAAACCUGGCGAAGCCGCGGGGCUUACUGCAAGCUGCGAGUUACUGAUGAAAGAUCUUGACCCACGAAUAUGUCAUGUUCCCAUGCGGGCGUGGACGGAAUGGACCCCCCGGGUCGUUCCGAGCGACCUACGUCUCUCCGCCAUUGUCAACAACCUAAUCGAGGGAAUGGAGGAUGACGAUGAAGAUGCCUACGAUGGCCCAGACAUUGUUCCGUUGGCGUGGCUGGUUCCAGAUCCUUAUCUUGACGUGCACAUGAUUGCAAUUGCUGCCAACAACACGCUAGUAGAAGACGAUGAUGCUUUCUUGGACGAAAUGUAUUGGGGUGGUCGCAGGCUUGAAAUCGCUGACCAGCACAAUGGUGGGCCAAUAUCGAGAAGCAGGGAACGGCCUUUCUCCGCUGAUGAUCGGAAGAACGCCGAUUCUGCCAAGAGACCAGCCCAAACAACAGUGGAUCCUGCAGAGUCAUCGUCACACUCCCGGCGAACAAUGAUAAUAGAGGAACCGGAACAUGUUGCGGCUGGUUCUGGGUGGCGGCUGGUGGGUGCCCCACAUGGAUUCUGUGAUGGAAGUGCCCAGUCUCGUUGCCGGCGUACAAGCCACAAUCCGUGCUUGCUGGCAAAUUUCAAUCAUUUCAAGGGCAGUAUCAUGGGGACGGUCAAGACUGGCUGGCUAAAAUUCCUUGUUGCGGGAGUCCACCACGGUAUUGUGCUGGCUCGUUUGGAGUUUGGCCACAUGAAGCUCCCUGAUGACUUUGUGUUUGACUUGUCCGUCAACGGACAAGUCAAGUCGUACAAGCCGGAAGAAUUGAGUGCUUGGAGUACAACUAUUGUGGAUGGCUUGACCGUAUAUCCCCUUGUUCUGGAAAGCAAGUUUCCAUCUGAAAAAUCCCCAGGCCUACCGGAUUCGUACGACGUUGCGAUACGGAUACAAAGUCAGCAGAAUCCAAACUCCCAAGUGCGAAUAUCCCACGUAUACUUUGCCUAACUGGCAGCUUGAAGGAUAUCUGCUUCUCUCGAACUCGCUCUCGUGUUGCCAUUGACGUUGGCAAGUGGCUGGUGUACCAGAUACAGUACGUGUCGGUCGAAUGCGUCCACGUCGGCGUCGUUCGUUCCUUGCGGUACUGGGUACCAGUAGCUAUCUUGAGCCUCACUUGCAUGAUCGUUCGAGCACCGCUCUCGGCUGCUUCUCCCGAAAUGUUUGUCUUCUUGAAGCGACGCACCCUACUCUUUCCUUUCCACUUCCUUGGACCCUGUGAAUCCCAGUUGCAACCAUACACACUUCGUUUGCCAUGAUUAAGAUGAACUGUGAUCAAAGUCCCAGCAACGAUACCCCAUCAAUCGUUCGUCCCGGUGCGAUCGUGUCAAACUUUGAUGGUGUUGCUGCUUGGACUACCCCCGUUUGUUUGCGUCAAGGGCGACUUGCACUUCAAUAGCGACUUCAAAGCUACUUCAAUAGUGACUUCAAUAGAUAGCUACUGGUACAUUAUUAAUACUAAACGAAACUUUGAAGAUUG